UUUUCUUUGCUGAAGGUACUCUAAGAGCCGGUCUCGGUGCUGAUUGGGCGUUCAGGUUGGUGAGUGAACGCCCUGCAGAUUAUGUCAGAUUGCGUGCAGAAAGCAAACCAGCCCAGCCUUUGAACUUCACCGCUUUUGGCUCGUAUUCACGCUCUUCCGCUCAUUUCCAAGCCAGGUGCUUGACGACGAACCUCACAGAGGGAGAGAGAGAGAAAAAGUCUGUGAUAGAGGGGAGAGCGGGGGGAAAAAAGUAUAUAUUAUUAUUACUAAUAACAACAAUAUUACGGCUGGACACUUUUUUUUUAUGACCCCUUGCAAACCGAAUGCGGAGCGCUGAUUUUACCUUUGUGGAUUUUUGACGUGCGCAUCUUGCAUGCACGUUGUUUUCUUUUUCCCUUUCUGUUUUUUCCUCCUCCAUGCCGCAGGUCUGACAGAGUUUUGAGCGGACUGCAGAGAUCGCGCUUCAGUGUUUCACCUCGGGAAGAACCGAUCGGGCGCUGGAUCUUUCUUUUACUUUUUUUUUUCUUCUUUUUUGUCCGGUUUUUCUUUUUCCGUCCCCAAGACGCUGAACAUCCUGGCAUGACCGCUACCUGGCUUUUACGCAGGUGAAUAUCUUCCCUUCCUUUCCGAUAAGAACUUUUCCUUGUCAUUACCGCUGGGGAUAAAAAAAAAAGAAAGAAAGGGGGGAAAAAGCAGAGAAAGAAGUGAAGUUUAAAGAUGUCGAAACCCGCUGAUCACAUCAAGAGACCCAUGAACGCGUUCAUGGUCUGGUCCCGGGGCCAGCGGAGGAAAAUGGCUCAGGAAAACCCCAAAAUGCACAACUCUGAGAUCAGCAAGAGGCUGGGCGCCGAGUGGAAGCUGCUGUCCGAGUCGGAGAAGAGACCGUACAUCGACGAGGCCAAGAGGCUGCGGGCGCAACACAUGAAGGAACACCCCGACUACAAGUACCGACCCAGGCGCAAGCCCAAGAACCUGCUGAAGAAGGACCGCUACGUCUUCCCGCUGCCUUACCUCGGGGACACCGACCACUUGAAGGGACUGCCCGUGUCGGCCGCCGACUCCCUCCUGGGCUCCUCGGAGAAAGCCCGGGCGUUCCUGCCCCCGACCUCCGCCCCUUACUCCUUAUUCGACCCGACCCAGUUCAGCUCCAGCGCCAUCCAGAAGAUGACCCAGGAGAUGCCCCACACGUUGAGCACCAGCACUUUGCCCUACGCCUCCUCGCUGGGAUACCAGAACGGCGCGUUUGGCACCCUCGGGUGCCCCAGUCAGCACACCCACACCCACCCGUCGCCCACGAACCCGGGCUACGUCGUGCCGUGCAACUGCACGGCCUGGUCGGCGUCCAGUUUACAGCCCCCGGUGGCUUACAUACUGUUUCCAGGUAUGACCAAGACUGGGAUAGACCCCUACUCAUCCGCACACGCCACCGCCAUGUAACCCUCAAGACUCUUCUCCCCCCCCCCAACCCCCACCACACACACACACACACACACACACGCCACACUCACACAACCCAUGUUUUUAAUGUCAUUUGAAUACAGAAAUGCAUGUAAAUAUGUUACGGACAGCGCGGCCAGUUACAAAACAAAGGCACGAACAGUGUUAUCUGAAGGGGGACUUGUUGUGGCAAAAAUGAGGGAAAAGACGAAAAACUUUAAAAAAAUAAAAUAAAAUAAUAAAAAAAAUCCAACAAGUUUCUGUCCGGGCAGAGGAGCUGGAGUUGGAUGUGAAGGACGGAGCGCAGUGAACUGUAAGAAAUGUAAAUGUUAUAACGUUUAUGGCAACCAGAAAGGGAGGCCUUUAACUUUAUUUAUUAUGUACAUUUCAAUGAUAUGCUGAUUUGUGUUGAUGAUCCUGAUAUAGGCUACUACUUUUUUUUUUUUUAAAGAAAAAAAAUUGGCUGGCACAAUUAGAGAUCAAAUACCUGUAUAGGCCUAAAUAGACCACCUUGUUUUUGUUUCUUUUUUUGUUUGUUUUUGUUGCAAAGUUAGAAUGAGUCCAGACUCAUAGGCUGAUUUUUAUACAGGUUUUAUUAUUUAUAUUUAAUAAAAAUGAUAAUAAUAAUAAAAAGAAACAUAAAAGUAGACGGUCUAAUUUAAGAUGACAACACAGGAAAAGGAAGGGGGGGGGGGGGGGGGAGCAUCAAAAAUGUUUAAUUUUUACAUUCUCCACGUGUUUCUGUGCUAAUAUAGUCCCAAACAUCAUUUCAUUGGAGUUUUCUUAAAUUGGUUUAGUUCAUUUUUAAAUUAUUUUUCAUUUUAAGGAUAUCUUCUAAUUGAAUUCAAGGAGUUCUAUGUGUAUUUUCUAUCUGAGAUGGUCAUUUAAAAGCUGUCAUGUUAAAGGAUCCUGUAUCUGGAAGGUUGAAACCUCCGGCUCUUUGUUCAAGUGCUGAGCAAAGACUUUUUGAAUAAAGACAAUCUGUCUUCAACCAGGUCAAUUAAAAAAUGCCUUAUUAUUCAGAUAAUAAGUAAGAUAAUUAUCAAGUUGGCAACUACAAAAAAAUAAAUAAAUAAAAAACACCACUUACCAGAUUGGAAUAAAAAUAAAUAUAAGAUUAUAACAUACAAUGUAACAUAAGAUUGGAUAUAUAUAUUUUUAUGAUACAUGAUUGAAAGUUUGUCAAUGCACUGAUAAAAACUAAUUAAUGCAA